UAAACAUAAUGGCUCCUGUUAAAUUAUAUAUCUAUGAUUUAUCUCGAGGAAUGGCAAGAGCACUUUCAAUGGGUUUUACGGGAAGACAAAUUGAUGGAAUAUGGCAUACUUCAGUAGUAGUUUACGGUAAAGAAUGGUAUUUCGGUCUUGGAAUACUUAAUGAUAUUCCGGGUGGAACACUUCUUGGACCGCCGUUAGAAAUUAUUGAAAUGGGGGAAACAGAAGUUCCUGAAGAUACAAUUUUAGAAUAUAUAAAUGAAAUAAGACCAGACUUUACUCCCGAUAAAUAUCAUUUAUUGGAUAACAAUUGUAAUACCUUCUCCAAUAAGUUUUGUGAAUUUUUAACUGGACGUAAUAUUCCUGAUUAUAUCAUAAAUUUACCCGCCGAUUUUUUAUCAACUCCAAUGGGAAGACAAUUUCGUCCUAUGCUUGAAUCCAUGUUUGGACCAAGUAGACACCCUUAAAUUGAUUAUAUAUAGCAUAAAAUAGUAUUAUAGAAAUUAUAAAUCAUAGAAUAGAAUAUAAAUUAUAAAACAAUAAUGAUUUUAUUAUACGUGAAUUGAUAAGCCACUUGUACUACAUGUAAAAACUUGUAUCACACUUAACAAUUUACUCUUUUUUUUUUU